AUGCAUCUCCUCGCAGGCACCGGGUUCCACCCGCACCUUCCGGGCUUCACGCACAGGUUCCUCGCCACCACGCUGGGUGCAACGAUGUGGUUCUUCAUCUUCUACCGCGCGAGGAAAGAUGGUGCGAAGCUUCUGGGCUUGAGACAUCCAUGGGAGGGUCAUCACGAUGGUCAUCACGGUGGCCACGAAGAGGGUCACGGGCAUUCAGAGCACCACUAG